AUGGUCCUGAGAAACUUCAGGAUGACCGCAGGCGGUAUCUCACUGCACGGAGGCGAGCUCGGCAAUCCCCGCAUCGAAGCCACCAGCAUUCCCAUGUCGCCUGCAGCGGGUUCUCCGCAGACAGCGACCACGCACCUUCCGAGAGAAGACGUGAAAUCCUUCGUGGUACAGCCCUCCGUGCCUACGACUGUCAUGGGCUCUUUACCCUUGGAGUUGGCAACAACUGCAGCACCAGCAGCGGCAACUACGGGCUUCGUUUAUGACGGCCACUUCCUUCACAACCUCAGCGCAGCACGGCCGGGGUGCCGCGGUUGCUGUAAUUCCGGUGCUCAAAUCGUGGAUUGCCUGAAUGUGGAGAAGUGUGCAGCAUCUGGCCCAGAGAAGGGCAAGUUUGCGCUGGUCUUGAGCCAUUGGGGGAUGCCCAGUGAAAGCAUGCUUCAAUCCAUCAGAAGCAUGAAAGCUGCAGCUGCGGCGGCCAACUGGGCAGACAUCUUGCUUGUUAUGCUGCAGAAGGACGCCGAUCGCAUCUCGCCGAAAAUUCAGAAGCUACUUAACAGAUGGGAGAUCAAGUUGCAUGUCGUGGACUGGGAUGUACCCCCUGACUCGAUGUUCUAUCCGAAGCAUGAUUGGUGUGGCCAUCAGGAUCUGAUUCGCUUGCAUGUACUGGCAUUAGACACAUAUGAUGCCGUCGCCUAUUACGAUGCGGACUGCGAGUUUCAGGGGGACAUCACGCCGGUGCUGCGCUGCGCGGCCACGGGGAAGCUCUUGACCACCAACGGCGGCGUGGGCGAGUCCUUGAACGUGGGCUUCAUCGCCGUGAGGCCCGACCGUCGUCUGUUGGAGGCGGCCCGACUCUUUGCACGGAAGAACAAUUUCUCCGUGCAGCAUGGCUGGGGAAAUUCUGGUUGGAAACCGUGUGGUGGCUACUUUGUCGGAGGUGAGUGUGGCCAAGGUUUCAUGUACAGCCUCUUCUACUCCGGGAGCGCAUCUGCCCGAAGAGCUUUGGAAGGUGCCGGAGUCUGGGAGAACGGCGUUUUCCAAGCAGCCCAGAUCGACCGGUGCAUUUGGAAUUACCAGACCAGCUACCAGUGCCGGCCAGACUUCGACUGCGAGCGAGUGCGUGUGCAUCACAAGCCAACGAGGGAGCGCGGCACGGACAGGAACGAGUGCGAGAAGCUCCGAUUCAGGGAAAAACGCAAGGAGAUGGCGCGCCGCCGGCGCGAGGAGCGCAAAGUCCAGGGCUUCAGCUCCGAGGGUGUUCUGCUCCUGCACUCGGGUGGCUUCUGUGUUCGACCUUCAGACGAAGCUUUCGGGCAAGGUGCGGUGCUUCUACUCAGAAGCUGCGCCCUUCCACCCGCGGAGCAAAACCUUCACAUGGUACCCGUGGAUGCAGACGACGACGACGAGGAGUCCUUGGGAAUCGUGCAGCUGCGCAUCGGCCGGCACUGUGCAUACCCGCACGGCGACGACAUGGACGCCGAAACAUGCCAGAAAUUUAGCUAUGCCAGACGGUCCAUGCUGGAGAACUUUCGCAGCCUUCAGCAAGUUGACUCUCACAGCCAUCCAAGCACUUUGAAAAGUCUGCAACACAUGAAUAGGGAAUGCAGGUUGUCUGAAGUACACCGGAAGGAGUGA